AUGUGGCUGCCCCCAGCUCUGCUGCUUCUCAGCAUCCCAGGCUGUUUGUCCAUCCAAGGCCCAGAGUCUGUGCGGGGCCAGGAGUGGGAGUCGGUGAGUGUGCAGUGUCGCUACGACUCCGAAUGGGAGAGCCAUAAGAAGUGGUGGUGUCGGGGGGCGUGGUGGGCUUCAUGCCGGAUCCUCGUGCAAACCCAGGGAUCGGGGCGAGAAGAGAAAGGAGACCGCGUGUCCAUCAAGGACGACCAGAGAAACCGCUCAUUCACAGUGACCUUGCAGGAGCUCAGGCAGGACGACGCAGACACUUACUGGUGCGGGAUUGAGAGGCCUGGAACCGACCUGGGGACGCAAAUUAAAGUGACUGUUGAUCCAAGGGAAGCUGCUCUGACCGUACUAGAAAGCCAGGACUCCAGGAUGAGGACCACCAGCCCUCCAGCCACGUCCUCCCACCCCCACAGCAGGACCCACUACAUGCUCCUGGUAUUCCUGAAGGUGCCCUUCUUGCUCGGCUUGGUCGGCGCUGUGCUCUGGUUGGAGGAACGUCGGAGGGACAUUGCGGAGCCGCAGGGUCAGCCCAUCUACGCGAACUUGUCCUCUGAGCUUCUGACCAGAGACACCCCCGUUUAG